GCCCAUUUCUACCCUGGGUGUACGUCAAGAUGGCUGGCUACGUAUUGAACCCGCUGUUGAGGCGAUUUCCUACCCUUUCGCCCUUCAGAAGUGCCUACGGGUUUCAGGUUCCUCUCCAGACUCUUUGCACAAAAGCCUCCUCCGAACAAGAUUCUUUGCCCUCAGUUCCCAUUUCCCCUGAUGAGAAUGAACCUUGGAAAUAUCUGGACUCAGAAGAAUACCAGAAUCGCUAUGGUUCUCAGCCUGUCUGGGCUGACUAUUGCCGCAACCACAAAGGUGGUAUACCCCUACAGCGGACUCGAAAGACAUGUAUUCGUAAGAAUAAAGUUGCUGGGAAUCCUUGCCCCAUCUGCCGGGAUCAAAAGUUGCAUGUCGACUUUAGGAAUGUGAAGCUCUUGGAACAGUUUGUCUGCGCCCACACGGGUACCAUCUUCCAUGCCCCAUACACAGGGGUCUGUAUGAAGCAGCACAAGAAGUUGACCCAGGCCAUUCGGAAAGCCAGGGAUCAUGGUCUUCUCAGUUACCACAUUCCCCAGGUUGAACCCCGGGACCUUGACUUCAGUACAUCUCAUGGAGCUGUGAGUGCUACUCCACCAGCCCCCACCCUGGUUUCAGGUGACCCAUGGUAUCCAUGGUACAGCUGGAAACAGCCACCAGAGAGAGAACUAUCUCGCAUUCGCCGCCUCUAUCAGGGCAAUCUUCUAGAAGAAAGUGGCCCGCCACCUGAGUCAAUGCCCGAGGUGCCUUGCACAGCAUCAGGAGAAGCUUCCCCUGAGCAGACUAGCCCCCAGAGUGCUGCAUAGGACUUGUGGACUGGGUGUGUGUGUUGGGGGGGGAGUCUGAAGGAUUAGGAAAUUGUGUAGGAUUAUGUGAUGGGAUGUAUCCCAAAAAGUUCUAUUUUGUGGCAAACGGGAUGUCCAGGAAGAAAGUGAUUUUUGUUGAGGGAGGGCAGUGCAGAUGUGUAUGGGAAACCCCAAUCCCUAUGUAUGUCCUCAACAUUCUGUCACUUUUGAGACUUCUUCCAGGUCCUUUUUUCCACAAUAAAUCUGUGUAUUAGUCUGCCUCG